CACAUACAUCAGGAUGUGACUCUAAGAAAAAACUAAAAACACGUCACUCACCACUACGUUUAGACUUGUAAAACUCUUUCUUUACUAAAUUAAUGCACAGUAGACGUUUAACAUUUUCGUUUUCUUUGUGCUGAUAUUGUAAAUUAUUGCUUCGAAUUCAGAAUGAGUUUACGACAUAUAUUGAGCAAGGUUUCGCGUCCUCUCUCACAAACAUUAUGCAAAUAUCAGAGAAAUCCAGCUGUAUUGACCCAGAGAUUUCGGAGUGAUGAUAGUUUAGACAGUUUUGAUGACAAUCCAUACUCAUUUGUGGAUGAAACAUUUUUAUCAUUGAAAGGCAGAAAUGAACUUGAGAUCAAACAUUUAUUGUGGAUUGCAGCUGAUCUCAAGGAAAGAAUUAAGAAAUGGAAUGAGACAAUCACACCACUUGCAGGCAAGAGUGUUGCAAUGAUUUUUCAGAAAAGAAGCACAAGAACUAGAGUUUCUACUGAGACAGGGGUGGCACUUCUUGGUGGCCAUCCAGUAUUUUUGACUGAAAGUGAUCUCCAUCUUGGAGUAAGCGAAUCAUUAUCAGAUACAGCAAGAGUUCUUUCUGGAUUUGUGGAUGUGAUCUUAGCCAGAGUUUAUGCUCAUGAUGACUUGAGAACUCUAACCAAGAAUGCUUCAGUUCCUGUUGUUAAUGGGCUUUCUGAUUUGUUUCAUCCAUUGCAAAUACUGGCAGACCUUCUAACAUUACAGGAGCACUAUGGUUAUCUUGAUGGUUUGAAUCUUGCCUGGGUUGGUGAUGGUAACAACAUUUUACAUUCUUUAAUGAUGGCUGCACCAAAAGUGGGAAUAAACUUGAACAUUGCAACACCAAAGGGUUAUGAACCACAUGCAGACUUAAGAAAAGCUUGUGGAGAAUUUGCUGAUGAACAUGGUACUAGUGUGAACUACACAUCAGAUCCAAGAGAGGCUUGUUCUGGAGCUAAUGUGAUAGUCACUGAUACCUGGGUGAGCAUGGGACAAGAGACAGAAGCUGAACAAAGAUUAAAGGAUUUCAAAGGAUAUCAAGUAAACAAUGAGUUGGUAAAGUUAGCAGCUGAUAAUUGGUCAUUCUUACAUUGCUUGCCUCGCAAAAUGUAUGAAGUAGCCGAUGAAGUGUUUGAUUCUGAACAUUCUCUUGUCUGGCAAGAAGCUGAAAACAGAAAAUGGACAGUUAUGGCUGUUCUAGCAAGCUUGGUGACUGAUCUUGAGCCUGAAAUACCUGUACCAAAGUGGAAACAAUGAAACUAAAAUCAUUUUGCACAGAAUAUUUUGAAAAAAAAAGUAAAAUGUAGUAAAAAAAAUAUAUGUUUGAAAAAUC